ACCCGUGAAAACCUUGUUCUCCCUAUUUCAGGCCUCUCUCUCUCUCACUCUAGUAAUCUUACUCCCGAACACAGAUGCGCAAGUUAGCCUAGCCAGCUUCCUCAAUUCACAACCCUUCCCCUUUCAUGGCGAUGAAAGCGAUGGCAUGUCGAUCCCAAAGGUUUUUGACAGCCCAAUUCGAAAUAAUCAGGUACAUUUCCUCAUACACACAAUCUUCCUUUCCGUCUACAACCCCAGACCCACUCCGUGAAUCACCAUCGUCAUCAUCAGAGAACCAGUCCAGUAUCAUCACCAUUGACGAAAGUCACGUCUUAGACCAACUCUCUCAUCUGUUACCGAUUCGCCGCCGUAGCGAAGCUGCUAUCCCAAACCCACACGGAGAGAGCUCAAUUAGGCCGGCCGUUGAUGGGUUUCUACCACCGGAAGAGAAGCUGCGAGGUGUCUUUCUUCAGAAACUCAGAGGCAAAACCGCAAUCGAAAGCGCAUUGAAAAAUGUGGGCGUCGAAUUGAGUACUGAUGUGGUGGCCAAAGUAGUCGACAGAGGGAAUUUAAGCGGCGAAGCCAUGGUAAUGUUCUUCAAGUGGGCGAUUCGACAACCCGAAAUCUCAGACGACAUUGGUAAUUACCACAAAAUCCUUAAAGCAUUAGGCAGAAGAAAAUUCUUUACUUACAUGGUUGAUUUAUUGCAUGAUAUGAAGCUUGAAGGAAUAGCAAUUAAUUCUGAAACCUUGUUUAUUGUUGUGGAUAGCUUCAUUCGAGCUCACCAACUGUCCAAAGCAGUCAAAUUCUUUGGACAAUUGGAAGAGUUCGGGUCAAGAUGUGAUACAGAGUCUUUGAAUGUUCUCUUACAAUGUCUGUGUCAGCGAUCCCGUGUAGGUGUUGCAAAUUCAUUUCUUAAUAAAAUGAAAGGGAAAAUACCCUUUAAUCGGGCUACGUACAAUGUUAUAAUUUCUGGGUGGUCAAGAUUCGGCAAUGUUAGUGAAAUUGAGAGGUGUUUGAAAGCAAUGGUAACUGAUGGAUUUGAUCCCGAUAAUUCAACAUUUAGCUACCUUAUUGAGGGUCUGGGGAGAGCUGGUCAAAUUGAUGAUGCUGUUGAGAUUUUUGAAAAUUUGGGGGAGAAAGGGUGUGGAUCAGACGCUGGUGUAUACAAUGCAUUGAUUUCCAAUUUUAUUUCAGUUGGAGAUUUUGAUGAAUGCAUGAAAUAUUAUGAGCGUAUGCAGAGUAAUAAGUGUGACCCAAAUGUGCACACUUACACUAUAUUGAUUUCUGCUUUUCUCAAAGUGCGGAAAGUAGCUGAUGCAAUCGAAAUAUUUGAUGAAAUGUUGGGUCGAGGGAUCAUUCCCACUACAGGAACUAUAACCUCUUUUAUUGAACCUUUAUGUUCUAAUGGGCCGCCACAUGCUGCUAUGAUGAUCUACAAGAAAGCAAGAAAAGUCGGAUGUAGAAUAUCACUGAGUGCCUAUAAGCUGUUGUUUAAGCGGCUUUCUAGAUUCGGUAAAUGUGGUAUGAUGUUGGGUUUGUUGGAUGAGAUGCAAGAAAGUGGUUAUUCUUCUGAUGUGAACAUUUAUGAGCAUGUCAUUCAUGGACUUUGCAAUAUAGGACAGCUUGAAAAUGCCAUCCUAGUCAUGGAGGAAUCUCUCCGCAAGGGCUUUUGCCCAAGCAGGCUUACUUGUAACAAAUUGAACAAUAGAUUAUUGAAUUCAAACAAGGUAGAGAAGGCUUACAAGCUUCAUUUGAAGAUUAAAGAUGCUCGUCGCAACGAAAAUGCACGGAAAUAUUGGCGCGCUAAAGGGUGGCACUUUUGAGCUUUCGUGAUUAUCAGGGAGCCGUCACAAGUAUAUCACAUGCUCCCUCCACUUUAUUUAUCAUGUUGAGGGUUCUUGUAUUGUUUCUUUGAAGACUUGUCUCUCAGUUCAUUCUCUGAGUGGACAACAAGCACAUAUAUGGGGAUUAGUGAAGGAAUUACCAAUGCAGACAUAUACGUUGAAUCUAAAGGGCUUCUAAAAGAAGAUGGCAAUCACCAUAUUACCUAUCAAAAGGACCGGGGAUGUGCUUUCCUUAUAUAUCUUAUGUUGCUUGGUUAUUGGUGAACGCCAUUCUAUCUCUUCUGGGCUCCAACUAGGAAUCAAGGCGAAUAUUUGGAGGCAAAUUUUGUUUCUGUGCUUGAGAAAAAGUAUAGUAUCUCGAUAAAAUGAUUAAGUUCCUCCAAGUUGCCCUCUUAGUGUUGAUGACUACAUGCCGGAGGUGUGUCUUCGCCCAAAAAACUACAAAAUCUGGCAAAUUAUUUACUUAAUGUCUGGUCCAUUCUUUAUGUAUGCAUUACACUAAAUCUAGUCCUUUUAAUCAUGCAGGAUAAUGCACAUCCACCACCAGCGACUUGGGAUUACAACAAAGCCAUUAAUCUUCAUGGCUACGAGCCAAUGGAAUGUAAAGAAGAUGCAGGUGAAAAGGCCAGAACUAGUAGUGGCAGGCAAAAUGAGAAGUUAUAUAUUGCUUAAGGCACACUCAACACGAUGUUGAAAAGAGCAGAGGAAAAACAGAGAAGGCCAAUAAAUUACCGGCCGCAGAAAAUGCAAUGGAAGACAAUGAUUAUGACUUCAAGGUGGAUUACACCAGGAGGAGAUCUGUCAUGGUCCUCAUGGAUGAUGGUGAAGAUAGUGGGAUAGCUGGAUCAUAGCAAUUAAAACAGGUUUGAGUUACCACUGUCUGGUAUUGCUUUCGAGUUUGACAAUGGAUGAUGGGAGAAAUAGCCUUAGGAAAAAGAAAUAAAGUAGGGAAAAUAAUUGCAUUUACAGAGCCAUGGAUUUGAAUUUUGUUAAAUUUUGCUUAUGAGUAAUGUUUCUUUCUUGAUUC